UCCGUUCGUUCGCGACUCGGCUAGUUUCAGUCCUUAGCGAGCUGCGCUCGGCUACGCUUUAUUUACUCGGAUUUAUCCUCAUACUCUGCAGCUCCGAAACUAAGGAAGACACGUUGAUACUUCGCUCGCUGGCCGACGAAGAACAUUCUUUUAAAAAGUAUACUUAAGUAGUUUUUGCUGCAGUUGGAAGUAACCGCGUGCUCCGACUCCGAGUUGACAACGUAUACGUGUAUUAUUUUUACCUGUACAACUUGACGCAACCCCCGAACGCAAUUGCUCGGAAAUUUCCUGCGAGUCCACGCGAUAGGUUAUUUCUUCGUUCGUGGCAUCCAUAGAUCUAUUAUCAUCUACAUAUAACUAUAUACCUACCGACCAGCUGAUAGUGUCGUUAUGCGUUAUUGAUCGCGAAGCUGUCAUCUAGGGUACCUACCUACAUAAGUACAAGGAGCCCAAAAUUCUCGGCUUCGACAGUCUGCUGUCCACGCGAGGCUUUCGAGUCCAACUACUUGACCAAAAUCACGUAUUCACACGUAUUACCCAGGUUGUUCCGUCGGAGGCAGCAUCAACGUAUAUAGCACAGGAGCGUUAGCCAAAGUCAAAGUUUGAAUAAUCGCCAUCAGUCACGGCCAAUAUGCCCGCCAGGUUCGACAGCAUGAACAGCCCGCCCGUGCGCGAGCCGAUCGUCGCCAAUGGCCCGCUGUACAGCCUCGACGACGACAUCGUCAUCUCGGGAAUGUCUGGUCGGCUGCCCGAGUCGGCGAACAUCGAGGAGUUCAAGCAGCAGCUGUUCGAGGGCGUCGACCUCGUGACGGACGACGACCGGCGCUGGCCCCCGGGCCUCUACGGGCUACCCACGCGCUCCGGCAAGCUCAAGGACCUCGCCUCGUUCGACGCCACCUUCUUCGGUGUCCACGCUAAACAAGCCACGGUCAUGGACCCCCAGCUCAGGAUGCUCCUCGAGCUCACCCACGAGGCCAUACUCGACGCGGGCAUCAAUCCCGCCGAGAUCAGGGGCACCAAGACCGGGGUGUACAUUGGGGUCUCCGACUCCGAGUCCGACGAGUUCUGGACCGAGGACCCCGACAAAAUCAACGGUUACGGCUUGACGGGCUGCUGCCGAGCCAUGUUCCCGAACCGGCUCUCGUACACCUUCGACUUUAGUGGUCCGAGCUUCGCCCUCGACACGGCCUGCUCGUCGUCCAUGUACGCACUGCACCACGCGAUCAUCGCCAUGCGCACCGGCCAAUGCGACGCGGCCAUAGUCGGCGGGGUCAACCUUCUCCUCAAGCCCACGAGUUCUCUCCAGUUCCACAGGCUGAGCAUGUUGUCGCAGGACGGCGCCUGCAAGGCCUUCGACGCCUCCGGCAACGGUUACGUCCGCUCCGAGGCGGCUGUCGUUCUUUACCUGCAAAAGUCGCGCGACGCCCGCCGCGUCUACGCCACCGUUGUCAACUCGCGCGUCAACACGGACGGCUUCAAGGAGCAGGGCAUCACGUUCCCCAACGGCGCCAUGCAAAACAGACUGAUGCGCGAGGUGUACGCCGAGGUCAACGUCAAUCCGGCCGACGUGGCCUACGUCGAGGCUCACGGCACGGGCACCAAGGUCGGGGAUCCCCAGGAAGUCAACUCGAUCGCCGAGCUCUUUUGCAAGGACAGAAAACCCACGACGCCCCUGCUGCUGGGCUCGGUCAAAUCCAACAUGGGUCACUCGGAGCCGGCCAGUGGUCUUUGCUCCAUCGCCAAGGUCCUCCUGGCCAUGGAACAGGGGGUCAUUCCACCCAAUUUGCAUUACACCAGCCCGAACAUGGAGAUACCCGCGCUGUCCGACGGUAGUAUCAAAGUUAUAUCCGAGCCAACGUCCUGGAACGGUGGCCUCGCCGCCGUCAACUCGUUCGGCUUUGGCGGGGCCAACGCCCACCUGUUGCUGCGCAGCAAUCCCAAGCCCAAGGUCUCGCCGGUCCUCGAAGGUAGCGUUCCCAAGAUGCUCGUGGUGUCCGGGAGGACCGAGGAGGCGGUCGGAUUUUUGCUCGACGAGGCGCGAAAGAACGAAAAGGACGACGAAUUUGUGUCGCUGAUGCACAGCAUCCACUCGCGAAGCAUACCCGGCCAUUCGUAUCGCGGUUAUCAGAUCCUCGGAGAAGCUCCGGAGCGCGAUAUCGAGCUGGUGCACGGCGCCGAGAAUAGACCGGUGUGGUACAUUUUCUCGGGCAUGGGCGCACAAUGGGCUGGCAUGGGUAAGGAGCUCCUGCCGAUCCCGAGUUUUGCCGACAGUUUGCGCCGAUGCGCCGAGCCGCUCAAACCCCUCGGUAUCGAUCUCAUGAGUCUCAUACUCAACGCCAACGAAAAAACCUACGAGGACGUGCUCAACAGUUUCGUCGCCAUCGCGGCCGUACAGGUUGCUCUCGUUGAUUUUCUCACUUUGCUCGGCAUUCAGCCGGACGGCAUCAUUGGACACUCGGUCGGAGAAGUCGGCUGUGCCUACGCGGACGGAACUUUCACGGUCGAACAGACUGUUUUGGCUGCCUACUGGAGAGGAAAAUCCAUCAAGGACUCUAGCUUGCCUACCAAUAUGGGUAUGGCCGCGGUCGGAUUGAGCUGGGCCGAAGCAAAGAGACGCUGCCCAUCAGAUGUCUUUCCGGCAUGCCACAACUCAGCCGACUCGGUCUCCAUCUCCGGGCCUCUGCCGUCCCUCGAAAAAUUCAUUGCCGAACUCAAGGCCGAAGGUAUCUUUGCAAAAGCUGUGAGUAGCUCUGGUGUCGCCUUCCACAGCAAAUACAUCGCCGAUGCUGGACCCAAACUCCGCGCCAGUCUCGAGAAAAUCAUUCCAUCUCCCAAACAGAGAACUCCCAGGUGGAUCUCCACGUCUAUUCCAGAGAACGCGUGGAAUACACCUCUUGCACAACUCAGUUCUCCAGCCUACCACGUGAACAAUCUCUUGUCACCCGUACUGUUCCAAGAAGCCUUGACCCGCGUACCCGAGAACGCAAUCGUCAUCGAAAUCGCGCCUCACUGCCUGCUCCAGGCAAUCCUGAAGAGAUCGCUGCCCUCCACUGUCACCAACGUAGGACUACACAAGAGGGAACACUCGAACAACAUGUUAUUCUUGUUGACAAAUCUUGGUAAAAUGUUCAACGCUGGGGCACAGCCGCAACUGGCCAAGUUGUACCCGCCGAUCAGUUAUCCAGUAGGUCGCGGCACUCCCAUGAUCGGUUCUCUCGUCAAGUGGGACCAUUCGAUUCAAUGGGACGUCGCUGACUUCUCCGGCAAGUCCAACCGUUCGGGCGAGACCGUCAUCGAAAUCGAUCUAUCGAAGGAGCGCGACGCCUACUUGGCUGGACACUGCAUCGACGGCAGAGUUCUAUUUCCCGCCACUGGUUAUCUCACUCUCGUCUGGAAGACCUUUGCCAAAUUAUGGAACGUCGAUCCAGAAAAAUUGCCGGUCGUAUUGGAAGACGUCAGCUUCCACCGAGCUACGAUCAUGCCCAAGGAGGGCCCGGUCAAAUUUUUGAUCAAUAUUUUUGACGGUAGUGGCGAGUUCGAGCUUUCCGAGGCCAACUCUGUAGCUGUGACCGGUAAGAUUCGCGCUCCCGAAAACGUGGAAAAGGAAUUGCUGUGUCUGCAGCCCCCGUCUGUUUCCAACGAGCCAGCAUUGUUCGAAUUAAAGAAGGCCGACGUGUAUAAGGACCUGCGUUUGCGUGGCUACGAUUACACUGGAGUAUUCCAGGGUGUCGUUGGGGCCGACAACCGUGCUGCAGUCGGUAAACUCGCCUGGGCUGGAAACUGGAUCUCUUUCAUCGACACCAUGCUGCAGUUCAGCAUACUUGGCAAGAAUACGCGCGAUCUGUAUCUGCCCACUAGGCUUCAAAAAAUUGUCAUCGAUCCCUUGGCUCACGCACAGCUCCUCGAGGGUCUUGGGGAGAACAAAGAAGCUCUGCCGGUAUACUCUUAUCCCCAAAUUGGAGUCAUCAAAGCCGGUGGUGUUGAGCUGCGGAAUAUGAAGGCCUCUCUAGCUCCAAGGAGACAACAAAAUCGUGCACCACCCAAGUACGAGCGAUACGCUUUUGUGCCGUACGAAAAUUCACAGGUAUUAGUUGAAGAUCCAGAGAAAGCUAAGGUCCAUGCCCUCAGUGUAUUGUUACAAACUGCCCGAGAAAACUCUGUCGGUGUCAAGUUAAAAGUUGUCGAAGUUGCCGGAGAGAGGAGUGCCGAAGCUGUCUUGGCGCCAAUUGUCCUGGAUAUCUUGUACGGCGAGCCUCAACUUAGUGUAGACUAUCAGCUGGCUACUGGUUCUCCCGAUACAUACGCAACAGUUGUCAAGCAGUGCGAUAUCAAAACUUUAGCAAAGGAUCCGCAGACUUCGUCAGUUGGCAAAGAUUUGAACAUUGUAAUAGCAGCUGACGUAAUCAGCAAUAACAAGACUGCCAUCCUAAAGAACCUUGGCGACUCUCUUAAAAUAGGUGGUUUCGUCCUUCUUGAGGAAACUGGCUCCGUCACUAUGAACAUUGUCAAGAAAUCUGGCUUAGUUUACGUUGGCAAACAGUUUGUGCCUGGUAAAAGCUACGUGCUGUUGAAAAAAAGCGAAGCAGGACCUGCCGAGCAAAUAAUCAUUCAAAUCUCCGAGAAAAACUUUUCUUGGCUCGAGGGUGUAAAGGCGGCUCUCAAACAGUCUGUAACCGAACAGCAGAAAAUUUUGCUUGUCAGUCAAGGAGAAGAGACGCUUGGUCUUGUUGGUCUGAUGACUUGCAUUCGUCAAGAGGAUGGCGGCAACAACGUGCGCUACGUUUUUAUUCAAGAUAAGAAUGCACCAAAGUUUUCACUUUCUGAUCCCUAUUACUCCAAGCAACUCGACAAACAACUAAUGGCUAAUGUGCUAAAGAACCAGCAAUGGGGCUGCUAUCGUCAUCUGCGGCUCGAUCAACAAAGUGAUGUAUCUUCUCUGCACGUCGAGCACGCGUACAUCAAUGCUCUCACCAGAGGUGAUCUCAGUAGUUUACGCUGGAUCGAAGGCCCCCUCAGCUAUUACCAACCCGAAAAAUUCCCCAACAAAGAGUUUUGCAGCGUUUACUAUGCUCCACUCAACUUCCGUGACAUCAUGUUGGCCACCGGAAAAUUGAACGCAGACGCUCUGCCAGGCGAUUUGGCUAAUCAAGACUGUAUCUUAGGUCUGGAGUUUGCUGGCCGCGAUUCGAGCGGUCGCCGCGUCAUGGGCAUGGUCGCUGCCCAAGGUUUAGCCACGACAGUUCUAGCCGAUCCAGGUUUCAUGUGGCAGGUGCCGGACAAGUGGUCGCUCGAGGAGGCCGCUACCAUCCCGGUCGUCUACGCCACCAGCUACUACGCCCUGUGCGUGCGGGGUGCCAUGAAGCGAGGUGAUAGCGUCCUUAUUCACGCCGGUAGCGGUGGCGUCGGACAGGCUAGUAUCGCCAUAGCCCUCCACAUGGGCUGCACCGUAUUCACCACCGUGAGCUCCCAGGAGAAAAGAGACUUCCUCAAAAAGACAUUCCCCCAACUGAACGACCGCAAUAUCGGCAACUCUCGAGACACGAGCUUCGAACAACUCGUACUCAUCGAAACCAAUGGGCGCGGUGUUGACCUCGUACUCAACUCCCUGGCUGGCGAGCAGCUUCAGGCGAGUGUGAGGUGUCUGGCCAAUGGCGGCCGCUUCCUCGAGAUCGGCAAAUUCGACCUAUCUAAGAACACCGGCCUCGGAAUGUCAGUCUUUCUGAAGAACACAACCUUCCACGGCAUUCUGCUGGACGCGCUCUUUGACACCGACUGUCCCGAAAAGAAGGAGCUCGUUAGACUUGUCAGCAAAGGCAUCGAGAGCGGAGCCGUCAGACCGCUGCCCGCCACCGUGUUCAGCGAGCAGCAGAUCGAGCAGGGCUUCCGAUUCAUGGCUACCGGCAAGCAUAUCGGCAAGGUCCUUCUGAAGAUUCGAGACGAGGAGCCCGAAAAAGUCACUCAUCCGACUCCCAAGGUCGUCGCCUCGAUCCCACGCACCUACAUGAACCCCGAAAAGUCGUACGUCCUUGUCGGCGGUCUUGGAGGUUUUGGCCUCGAGCUCGCCAAUUGGAUGAUCACCCGCGGAGCCAAGCACAUCGUUCUAACGUCGCGUUCGGGAAUACGCACGGGUUACCAGUCGCUCUGCACUCGCAGGUGGCGCGAGGCCGGGGUCAACGUUGUCAUCUCCACCGAGGAUGUUACAAGUCUCGCUGGUGCCGAGCGACUCAUCUCCCAGGCCAGCAGGUGCGCGCCCGUUGGCGGCAUCUUCAACUUGGCUGCUGUGCUGAAGGAUAACUUUUUAGAGAACCUCGAGGAAAAGGAUUUCAAAGCAGUGGCUCUGCCCAAAGUAGACGGAACGAAGAACUUGGACAUGGCAUCGAGAAAACUAUGCCCAUCGCUAGACUAUUUUGUGUGUUUCUCCUCGGUCUCGUGUGGCAGAGGCAAUAUCGGCCAAACGAACUACGGUCUGUCCAACUCAGCCAUGGAGAGGAUCUGCGAGCAGCGGCAAGCUCUCGGCUUGCCCGGACUGGCAAUCCAGUGGGGAGCCAUCGGUGACGUCGGUCUUAUCUUGGAGACGAUGGGCGACAACGACACGGAAAUCGGCGGUACUCUGCCCCAGCGCAUGCCAAGCUGCCUGGCCACCAUGGACGUGUUCCUGCAGCAGCCGCAUCCUGUUCUCUCGUCCCUGGUACUCGCUGAGAAGCACAAGUCCAUGGAUGCAGGGAACCAAGUUGGGCUACUUGAAGCCGUGGCAAACACCCUUGGCAUCAAGGACGUCAAGACGGUCAAUCCGAACAAUAGCCUCGCCGAUCUGGGCAUGGAUUCGCUCAUGGGAACAGAAAUCAAACAGACGCUCGAGAGAAACUAUGACAUUGUACUCAGCCCGCAGGAGAUUCGGGGCCUGACUUUUGCCAAACUUAAGGAGUUCGCCUCUUCAACCAGCGAGGAGCCGGUGGUCGAUGGCACGCAGUCUCCUGCGCCCGUGGCCGAGGAACCUGGCAGCCACGACGGCUUCCUGUUCCAGAUCUCGGGAGCGGAGAUUGUGCCAAAACAGUCGCUCAUUCAGCUCGAGACACGUAAAGCCGUAGGUACACCGAUAUUUGUCGUAUCAGCCAUCGAGGGUGUCAUUGCAUCCCUAAAAUCGCUAGCCAGUGAGCUCGAGCGGCCAGUCUGGGGUAUGCAGUGCACGAAGGACGCUCCACUCGAAAGUAUCCCGGAAUUUGCCAAGUUCAACGUUAAGAUGAUGAAGGAGGUGCAAAAGCAAGGACCAUACACGCUCGUCGGCUACUCGUUUGGAGCCCUGGUAGCCUUCGAAAUGGCUCUGCAGCUCGAGACUCUCGGCGAGACCGUCAAUCUUACCUUGAUUGACGGUUCACCUGAAUUCAUCACGCUGCACACUAGGACUAUUGGCAAACAAGCUGAACAGAUCACCGAAAGUCUUGAAGAUGACGGUUUGAAAAAGGCCCUUGCCUUCUUUAUCAGGCAACUCAAUUCGACAGUCGGUUUCUUGAAGGCGUACUAUGAACUUCGGGACGUGAAAUCUGACGAAGAAAUGUUUAACAAAAUGUUAGAUCUCAUAGGCACUACGCCAUUCGACGCCGAAGACAUAAAGGAGGCUGGAAUUUUAUUCUUCAAAAAAUUAAAAGCUGCAAAUGCGUACAAACCAGCUGGUAAAUACCAAGGCCAGAUUGCGCUAUUCAAAGCACAGGACAACUUUAUUUCACUCAACUCUGACUAUGGACUGUCCAAGAUUUGCAAACAGAACGUUAGGAUAGAAGAACUUCUGGGAAACCACAGAAGUAUACUGUCUGGUCAAAGUCUUCAGAAAAUAGCAGAACUACUGAGGUCAUAAAAGCCUAGCAGAUUUCAACUUGUAUACAUUCACUAACACAGCAGAGAUUUCUAAAAUCUUACAUUUAAGAAAUAAGGCACUCCUGUUGAGCGGUCGUGCCUAAAAAUGGCUGUUUGUAAUAGAAAACUUACUUUUUCUGUAUGAACGACUCUUUUCAAAGAAAUCUCUUGUAUCCUGUUUCACAUUUGUCAUUUGGUAAAAAAAAUCACGCUCUCUCACUAUUGUGUAGUGUAUAUUGACGAUUAUGGUUGAAAAAACAAGAGAAUAUCCAGUCGAGAGUAGUUUUUGCUUUUCUAUAAUUUUCUAUUCAAAAGACUAUUUUUAAAAAAUUAAGAAAAAUAAUACAAGUUUUUGAUAUAGAAAAACAA